AUGAAGAGGGCAGGCGGACCUUGCGUUGAGGCGUCCCCCAACAAGCGUCAGCGAUAUGGCGGCUGUGGUGGCAGUGGUUGGCGGGAUCUGUGCUUCGCAGCAAUCCUCCAGGCCUCGAACAUGCAACGAAGCGCCAGACGUGGGCUGGCAUAUGUUUGGUUGCAUUUUGUAUAUGAGCCUCUCAUCUACCGACGGCGAGUCCAAGCCGCACACGAGUUCUUGGCCGGUCGCAGCCGCAGCCAGUUAAUCAGUGAUGUUGAAGAUGCCGUUAACUCGGCUGAAGCGAAGCCAUUCCGUGCCGUGUUGCGGGAUGAUUUCUGGCAUCAGCAAGAUUCACCAGUCGAGACCCGUGACACGCUCAUGCAAAGGCGCCUGUUGCUCCGAGCCGAGUUGGAACUACAGCUCCAAAGACAGCAGUGGAAAGAAAGUGCCAGUGGGAGAGGUUUUGUGGCAAUUUCUUGUAACUUUCGGCUGCGAGUUGAUCCCAAACAGCGUCACUAUUUCGGCAAAGUUCCUCUAGAGGUAAAGCGUGGCUCGGCAUUUGACUCUACUGUGGAGGCAAUUCUGGCUGCCAAACCAUCGCACCUGCUUUCGGGUGUCCAUGUAAGGUUCCACGAGAGCGGUGGCUUCGCAGAAGCAGGUGUGGACAGUGGUGGCUUGACCCGGGAGUUUUUUGAGCUGGCGAUCAAGGAACUUUCAGCAGAUGUGUCCCCGCCUUCUAGGCCGACCCGGCAACAACGGCAACAACCAAAGUUUCGCCGAAGUGUUUCGGUGGAAGGCAUUGGUCAGCCCAUGUUCUGUCCGCAAGCCGACGGCUCCUUGAUGUUAGUCCCCUCUUCCCGGCCACCGGCCGUCUACUUUGCCCUUGGCCGACUUGUGGGAGUUGCCCUGGUGCAUGCGAGCUAUGGUGACUCAGCCCUGCCUCUUCCUCUGUCGGACUGCUUGCUCAAGUGCAUGGUCGGCGCCCCCAUAACAUCGGCUGAUGUUCGAAAGCGGGAUCCUGUUUACUACAAGAACCGUAUCGAAGCAGUCCUCUCGGUGCAGGGACGCCACAUGGUCACCGCAGCAUUGAUGGAGGAGAAGCUUCUUUUUGUGGAGGGUGGCAGAGAGUUGAAGCCAGGAGGUGCUGCUGAGGAGGUUACCGAUGCGAACGUGAUGGAAUAUGUGGCAUUACUCAGUGAAGAUUACAUUUGUGGUGAUGUGAGAACAGAAAUUUCCGAGUUCCUUGCAGGUUUUCACGAUAUUGUGCCCCGUAAGCUGCUACAGCAGGUGGGCUUGUCCUGGGUUCAGCUGGGCAACUUGCUUUCGGGAGUCGACCACAUCGACAUCGAAGCUUGGCGGCGGUAUUCGCAGGUGCGUGCUGCUGGCGUCGCUGAAGAGGAAGCAUAUUCAGUUGCGAACAUCUUCUGGGACACGUUGGAGCAUUGGCCUGCAGUUGAGCGUAGUGCCGUGCUGGCCUUUGCAAGUGGCUGUUCACGCCUGCCGGCCUGCGGCUUCGCACUUCUCGAUCCACCGUUUACUGUGGAAGUGACGCCUUGCUCGGGCAAGCUGCCAACUUCACACACUUGUUUCAACACGAUCACUCUGCCUGCUUAUGCCCAGGAAAUGCUCUAG